AUGUCGCUCCUCCGACAUCUCGUCACCUCCGCCGUCCGGCGCCCGUCUGCUGCUACCUCCGCUUCCUUCAUUACCCUCCGUCCCGCUGCUAGAAUGCUCUCGACCUUACCACGCUUACCGCUCUUCGAAGCUGUUGCACAACAUGAUCCAGAUUCGAAAGCUGUUAUCCACUCUCUUUCCGGUCGGACCUUCAAGUAUGGAGAGCUUCUAGGUGAUGUUAGUCGCGCACGGGACAGGCUGGCCGAAGCUGCUGGUCGUGAGGACCUCAAUGGCGAGCGCAUUGCGUUCCUGGUUGAGAAUAGCUAUGACUACGUAGUAACUCUCUUGGCUGCAAUGGCUGCGCGAUCUAUCGCCGUGCCUCUAUCGCCUGCAUUCCCUGCGCCGGAACUACAAUACAUUCUCAACCAGAGUGAAGCUUCAUUACUAGUCUCCUCGCCAAAAUUCGCAUCCAAGGCCAAGGAAGUUCUUGCGACUGAGCUCACAACCCAACCGGCGCAUGUAGAACUUCAGAAGCAUCAAGGUGGGGGCAGUCAUGACAAGGUGCAACUGAGUAAUGCCGACUCUGGCGAAGCUGGUAUGAUGCUGUAUACUUCGGGAACGACCAAUAAACCCAAAGGAGUACUACUCCCCCAGUCCGUCUUGACAGCGCAAUCUCGCUCCCUCGUUGAGGCCUGGAACUACUCACCCUCAGAUCAUCUCCUCCACGUCCUCCCGCUUCAUCAUAUCCACGGAACUGUAAAUGCCAUCCUUACACCGCUUCUCGCCGGCUCAACAAUCGAGUUCAUGUUCCCAUUCAACGCUGAUGCUGUAUGGAAGCGUUUCUCAGUGCCCUUUCUCGACAAUGCGUCCUCUACCGCUAAAGAGAAAAUCACAUUCUUCACAGUCGUACCCACGGUGUAUAGCAGGCUACUCACCUCACACAAGAGCCUUCCUCGAGAGACUCAAGAAGCCGCCCGUAAAGCCAUCUCGCCAGAGAACAUGCGCCUCUCCAUUUCUGGUUCCGCCGCACUUCCAACGCCUAUCAAGACCGCCUGGAAAGAUCUCAGCCAUGGAAAUGUCCUCCUUGAGCGCUACGGUAUGACCGAGGUCGGUAUGGCGCUGAGCUGCGGUCUGGACUUUUCAGAUCGUGUAGAUGCCAGUGUUGGCUGGCCAUUGCCGUCCGUUGAAGCUCGCCUAGUCGACGUGGACAACGGUGAAAUUAUCAAGGAAGGAGAAGAGAUCGAUGCUCAAGGCCGCGAACGCUCUGGUGAGAUCCAGUUAAGGGGCCCGACCAUCUUCCGCGAGUACUGGCGCAAUCCAACCGCAACAGCAAGCGAAUUCGUUGAAGAUUCAGACGGCAAUGGAAAAUGGUUCAAGACAGGCGAUGUCGCUGUCCGCCGUCCAGUCCCCUCCGCCACUGCUUCCCAGUCAUGGACACAUGGCCCCCUUUACUUCAUUCAAGGACGCAAGUCCGCUGAUAUAAUCAAGACAGGGGGCGAAAAGGUAAGCGCUCUAGAAGUCGAGCGAGAGCUACUAUCCCUCCCCGAGGUCGCCGAAGCAGCUGUCGUGGCUGUGCCUAGUGGGCAAUGGGGUCACAAGGUCGGCGCUGUCCUAGUUCUAGAUAAUGACGUUGUCAAGAAGUGGUCGGCCCUCGAUAUGCGCAGAGCGCUCAAGGGACGCUUGGCAAGUUAUAAGAUUCCCCAGGUCAUGCGGCUUGUUGACCAAAUACCCCGAAAUGCUAUGGGCAAGAUCAACAAGAAGCAGUUGGUCAAGAGCAUCUUCCCCGAUGAUAUCAGCGGGGAUGAGAGCUGA